GGGAUUAUUCUUUGUCUCCUCACCCCGCAGCACUGCACGCAACUGGAGAAGGACUCGGGCUCCUCGCGGGAAGGAACGGAACGACAGAAAAAAAAACCUGGAUGCCCUGAUAUCAAAGCGGGAGGUUUUGGUUUUGAUUAAGAGAAAGCGGAGGAGAAGAUAUUUAAAUAGGCGAGAACUUCGAGCGGCCGCCGCGUUGACGCCGGGGACCCGAAAUCACGACUGAAGGUCUGAGAGCUUCCCUGCCAGAGGCAAAAUGAGCUGGAGCUUCCUCACGCGUCUGCUGGACGAGAUCUCCAACCACUCCACCUUCGUGGGCAAAAUCUGGCUCACCCUCCUCAUCGUCUUCCGCAUCGUGCUGACGGCCGUCGGGGGCGAGUCCAUCUACUACGAUGAGCAGAGCAAGUUCGCGUGCAACACGCAGCAGCCCGGCUGCGAGAACGUGUGCUACGACGCGUUUGCGCCGCUGUCGCACAUCCGCUUCUGGGUGUUCCAGGUGAUCAUGAUCACCAUCCCCACCAUCAUGUACCUCGGCUUCGCCAUGCACAAGAUCGCCCGCAUGGACGACAGCGACUACCGGCCCCGCAAGCGGAUGCCGAUAGUGAGCCGCGGCGCCAACCGCGACUACGAGGAGGCGGAGGACAACGGCGAGGAGGACCCCAUGAUCCUGGAGGAGAUUGAGCCGGAGAAGAAGGAGAAGGAGGCGCCGGAGAAGAAGCCGAGCAACAAGCACGACGGACGGCGGCGCAUCAAGCGCGACGGCCUGAUGAAGGUCUACGUGUUCCAGCUGCUGUCGCGCGCCAUCUUCGAGGCCUCGUUCCUCUUUGGGCAGUACAUCCUCUACGGGCUGGCGGUGGAGCCGUCGUACGUGUGCACGCGCUCGCCCUGCCCGCACACGGUGGACUGCUUCGUGUCGCGCCCCACAGAGAAGACCAUCUUCCUGCGCAUCAUGUACGGCGUGAGCGCCCUGUGUCUGCUCUUCACCCUGCUGGAGAUCCUGCACCUCGGCAUCAGCGGCAUCCGGGACUGCUGUUGCAGGCCGCGGACGCCGACCCCCCGGCGCACGGCCCCGCCCAGCCAGCGGUCCUCCAUCAGCCGGCAGCCGUCGGCGCCGCCGGGCUACCACACGGCGCUGAAGAAGUACCCGUCGGGGAAGAUGGCCUUCCGGGACAACCUGGUGGACUCGGGGCGCGAGUCGCUGGGGGACGAGGCUUCGUCGCGGGAGCUGGAGAGGCUGCGCAGGCACCUGAAGCUGGCCCAGCAGCAUCUGGACCUGGCCUACCAGAACGGGGAGAGCAGCCCGUCGCGCAGCAGCAGCCCCGAGUCCAACGGCACCGCGGUGGAGCAGAACCGACUCAACUUUGCCCAGGAGAAGCAGAGUGCUACCUGCGAGAAAGGCCUCCGCGCAUAGGCUCCCAGGAGCCCAGCUGACACUGUGGACUUGAAUUCACACCAGGGAUCAACGAGAUGGACAAAAGGGAAUCAAAGCGCGCGUGUGUGUGUGUGUGUGUGUGUGUGUGUGUGUGUGUGUGAGAGAGAGAGCCGUUGCGUAUGCUUGAGGUGGAUGAAGUCAGCCCAAGCCUUCCAGUGUUACGACCAUCCGCGGUCGAGCAUCGAGUCGAGAGAGGAGGAGAGCGGUCGUCUCGAACCCAGCAAUACUUGAGACGCCUGUCUGAAGUGCUUCUAAACUACCGGCGUGCAGCAUCGGCGGUUUCCGGUUAAAGUGUUCUUCUCCCUCAGGGCAGCUAUUUGUUGUACUUAUUCCUAUGAGACUUUUGAGCUACUUGUCUUUUUGUCGUUUUUUUUUUUUCUUCUUUUCCCCUCUUUGAAGAGUUUGUCGUCAGUUGGAGGUCCACAGUGAAUGGAGCUCAAGUUUGCCUUAGACCUAAACUGGAACCAUUGCUUUAUGGCAAUUUGUGCACAGAACAUUGUGUUUUGACUGUAGUCGUGUACUUUAGUGAGGGGAGUGAAAUGCAAAAUAACGGUCAAUGGACACGAUGCCACUCACGAAAGAAAGGUACCCGCGCUGAGGAAGACUUUCUUUCUUUCUUUCUUUCUUUCUUUUUUUCCCCCAUAUAUAUACAAAUCUUUUUAUACUUUCAAUUGUUUUGACAAUGUUGGUACGGCACCGGUCAACAUUCCCUAAGCCUGGUGCUUUGAUGGUAACUGGAACACACUUGUGGGGAGUGGGAGGGGCGGGGGGCUCUGGCCAAAGGAACAAAACCUGGGUAAUGCUUGAAAAACAUGUAAAUCUUGAUAUCGUCUUUGAUAUCGUUUUUUGUUAAAACGUGUAUUUGAUGCUGUUCUUUAUUUUUGUACUGGUGAGUAUUGUGGUACGAGAGGCGCUGGUCACUGUGGCAGACAUGAUCUGAAACCAUGAAAACAUUUCAGUGUGAAUUCAAUGCCUUCAACACGUUCCAAGAAGAUGCCAUGCUUUUAUAUUCUGAAUCAUAUCCACAGUGCCAAUUAGUGCCCACUCAGAUAUUGUCAUCUCAUGUGAUUUUUGGACGAUGCUUUUUGUACUUUUUAUACUUUUUGUAUCAAUAGUACUCUGUGGUUAUUUUUUCAAAUAAAUCUUUUCAACAUAA